AUGGCAGACCUCAACUGUACCAAUGCAGCCGCUAUCCUCGAAAUGACAGCUGUCUUUCGAUGGUUUGAUGCGGAGCCCUCACUAUCUGUGGCAGUCAUCACUGGUGCGGGAAACAAGGCUUUCUCGACCGGUGCAGAUCUCAAGGAAUGGAACGCCAAAGUAGCAGAACUGACGGCCGCUGGUGAAGACACCAGUGGAGCAGGGCCAGGCAAUGUACCAGGCGCCGAGGCCAUGUCCAAUCGAAGAGGCAAGAAACCCGUCAUAGCAGCGGUCAACGGCAUGGCUCUUGGUGGCGGUUGUGAAAAUGUAGUCAACUGCGAUAUUGUGAUCGCCAGUGAGACGGCGACAUUUGGGCUGGUCGAAGUCAAGAGAGGUCUGGCCGCGUAUGCUGGAGCACUACCACGCCUGAUCAGAACUAUUGGUCUGCAGCGUGCAAGCGAGAUGGCACUGACCGGCAGGAUCAUUGAUGCUGUGACAGCUGAGCGAUGGGGAAUGGUCAACAAGGUUGUGCCUCAGGAUCGAGUCGUUGUUGAAGCCAUUGCAUUUGCCAAAGAGUUGGCAGAGAACAGUCCCGACUCAUUGAUUGUCACUCGGUCAGGCCUGAGAGAAGGCUGGAAGACUGCAGACGUGAUCGAUGCAACACGGACUACUAAUGAAGGGGUGUGGAAGGAGUUGCAGAAAGGUGAGAACAUGCAGGAAGGUUUAAAGGCCUUCUCCCAACGACGAAAGCCGCAGUGGAAAGGACCACGACUGUAA